UACUGAGUUUCCGCAACGCGUCAUCGUUAAUUCGCAAUUUGGUAAUAGUGUGAACACUCGUGGACGACAAAAGAAGCUGCUUCUUCAUCUCUCUCUCUCUCUCUCUCUCUCUCUCUCUCUCUCUCUCUCUCUCUCUUCUCUUUUCUCUUUCUCUUUCAACUCCAAUUCGUUUUUACCAGUUCGAAUCUGAACAAAGUUUGUUUUUUUAUUGGUACCCAGAAUCUCAAUUAUCCAUCUUUCCUUCUGGGUGUAUGCAAAGUUUCGCUCUUUUUAAUCUAUCCAAUCGUCCCUGUUCAUUUAUUCCACAAUAGGAUUGAAGGGUUUUGUUGGAUUAUUGAUAUCUUCUUCAUAUUGGGAAAAUUGAGUGGAGAGGAGAUGGGUUGUUUCUCGUGUUUUGAUUCGAGUGAUGACGAGAAGCUGAAUCCAGUUGAGGAAUCUAAUGGUCAGAAGAAACAAUUACAACCGACAGUAUCUAAUAGCAUCUCUGGACUCCCUUCAGGUGGGGAAAAGCUUAGCUCAAAGAGCAAUGGAGGGUCAAAAAGGGAGCUACUGCUUCCAAGGGAUGGGCUUGGACAGAUUGCUGCUCAUACAUUUGCAUUCCGUGAGCUUGCUGCUGCAACUAUGAACUUUCAUCCUGACACUUUCUUAGGUGAAGGUGGAUUUGGACGUGUCUACAAAGGAAGGCUUGAUAGCACCGGUCAGGUUGUUGCGGUUAAACAACUGGACAGGAAUGGUUUACAAGGUAACAGAGAAUUUCUGGUAGAAGUUCUUAUGCUUAGCCUUCUUCAUCAUCCCAACUUAGUCAACCUUAUUGGUUACUGUGCUGAUGGAGAUCAACGUCUUUUGGUAUACGAGUUUAUGCCCUUAGGAUCGUUGGAAGAUCACCUCCACGAUCUCCCACCGGAUAAGGAGGCCUUAGAUUGGAACAUGAGAAUGAAAAUAGCUGCUGGUGCGGCGAAAGGUUUGGAGUUUUUACAUGACAAGGCAAAUCCUCCGGUUAUUUAUAGAGAUUUUAAGUCAUCAAACAUUUUACUCGAUGAGGGUUUCCAUCCAAAGCUUUCUGAUUUUGGGCUUGCUAAACUCGGACCAACUGGAGACAAAUCUCAUGUCUCCACUAGAGUCAUGGGCACUUAUGGUUAUUGUGCUCCCGAGUACGCAAUGACCGGACAAUUGACAGUCAAGUCAGAUGUAUACAGUUUUGGUGUGGUUUUUCUCGAGCUCAUUACUGGUCGCAAAGCUAUAGACAGCGAGAUGCCCCAUGGAGAGCAGAACCUGGUGGCUUGGGCUCGCCCAUUGUUCAACGACAGGCGAAAGUUCAUAAAACUGGCGGAUCCUAAGUUAAAGGGACGGUUUCCUACUCGUGCACUCUACCAAGCUUUAGCUGUGGCUUCAAUGUGCAUCCAAGAGCAGGCAGCUACACGUCCGCUCAUAGCAGAUGUUGUCACCGCACUAUCCUAUCUUGCAAACCAAGCUUAUGAUCCAAGCAAAGAUGAAAGUAGGAGAAACAGAGAUGAAAGAGGAGCGAGGUUAAUAACAAGGAACGAUGAAGGAGGUGGGUCGGGAAGUAAGUUUGAUUUAGAUGGUUCGGAGAAGGAAGAUUCACCGAGAGAGACAGCUCGGAUAUUGAACCGAGAUAUAAAUAGGGAGCGUGCGGUUGCAGAGGCUAAGAUGUGGGGAGAGAGUUUGAGGGAGAAACGACGACAGAGCGAGCAGGGAACAUCAGAGAGCAACAGUACCGGAUAGAACCGGUUGGGGGUCUUGACCCGUUUUUGUUCUUAUUUCUAAAACUCUCAUUUAUUGUCAAACAUAGAAAACAAACAAACAAACAUUGGGACCAGGAGUUUCUGUACAUUAUAUGUGAUGUUGCAAUAUGGGCAAAAAAGGGGGACUCUUUUAAUAACUAAAAACUCUAAUUGAGAUUCUCGAGAGUUGUUAAGAUGUUCAUGUAAAUUUUGUA